UGAUCAUCAGUAUAGUUAACGCAGAAACAAAAGUGGUUUUAGGAUAAAUUUAUAAUUAUUAAAUAGUACUUGUACAAUCUUCUGAUUAUAUGACUCCAAGAUGGGUAAGGGUUUCAAUAACUAUAUGUGCAAAAAAUUCUUUCACCCAGCUUCCAGAGACAACCUCAAACGAGUAUGGAUGGCUGAACAGCAAGCUGAAGCUUACAAAAAGAAGCAAGAAGAAUUACGUAUGCAAUAUGAAAAAGAACAGGAUCUGCACAAUAAUAAAGCCUUGUUGAGUAAAGAAAGCAAAGACAAAUUAAGUGUUAACUUUAUGUAUGAACCGCCUCCUGGUGCUAAAAAAGAAAGAGAAAAAGAAGACAAUGAACCAGAAUACAAGUUUGAAUGGCAGCGCAAGUAUAAUGCACCCAGAGAGAGUUAUUGUAAAGGAGACAGUGAAAUAAGAGAUCAACCUUUUGGUAUUCAAGUACGUAAUGUUCGCUGUAUAAAAUGUCACAAGUGGGGUCACAUCAAUACAGACAAAGAGUGCCCUUUAUAUAGUCAGGCAAUGAGUUCUGUGUUAGCCAACAAUAAUCCCACCGAAGAUCUUCCUCCAGCUCCUGAUGCUUUUGCUCUUGUUCAGCAAAUGAGAGAUGACGGAUUGGCAUUAAAAAAAUCAGCACUUAAUGCUCAGCAACAUUUAAAUGUUCCACAAAGUCAAGAACUAAUGGUCUCUGAAGAUGAAGAAACACCAGAAGCAAUAUUUUUGAAAUCUUUAUCAAAGAAAGAAAAGAAAAAGCUACUUAAAAAACUUGAAAAAUUAGAAGAAAAAAAACUUAAGAAAAAAAUGAAAAUGAAAAAAUCGCUAAAGAAAAAGAAGAAUACUUCAAAAAGUAGAAGUAGUGACAGUAGUCGUGAUAGUAGUAGUGACAGUAGUAGUAUUGAUAGUAGCAGUGAUAGUAGUUCCAGUUCUUCUAGUUCAGAAGAAGAAAAAAAGAAGGAAAGAAAAAGAUACUACAAUCUAGAAAAAGAAUCAAAAUCAUAUAGUAAAUCGAGAGGUGAACAUAGAUCACAAAAUGAAAGAAAAGAUGAAAAAGAGAAUUAUGGGUGUAGAUUAGAUUUAAAAUUAAGCAAACAAAAAUCCGAACAGUACAAAAAAAAUAAAGAUCACUCAAGUUCAAGCCAAGAAAAAAAUAGAAAAAGAAAAUCAAGUGAGUCGAAUGAUGAAGAAAAGUAUAAAAAUAGAGACGAAAAACGCAGAAGAAGAUAAAAUACUGUUGUGUUUAUAACCAAAAUUUCUAACAGAUAAUUAUCUCAUGUUUAUGUUAUAAAGUUUAACUUAUUGGCACGUAACUGGACCAUUAAGAUAUUCAAUUUUCAAUUUUCUAAAGCUGUCCUCAGGUAUUUAUAGAUAAUACCAUAAACUUUUUAUUUAUUCUAAUUUAUUCAUCGUUAAUUAAGCAAUAAUAUUCAUAAUUAUUUUAAUUAUACUUACAGAUCUUUAUGAAAAUAAAUUAUUCCUAUGCAA